AUGAGUAGCAGCGGAUACGGAGCUGAUGUACCUACAUACCUGCAAGACAUGCUAUCAAAAAUCAUGGCAGCGUUUGACGACAAGACCAAGGCGAUCGAUGAGAGAGCUAAUGAGCGCAUGAUUGCCAUGGAGGAAAGAUUUGUCCAGUUGGCGAAGGGGGUGCAUGGUGACAAUGGCAAAACGCUGGAAGUGCCAGCUGCAUCUGAGACAAAUAACGGCGCCAUCGACACCACCAUUCCAACUUUGAACAACACUACCGGUGCGAAGGAUGGAAUAGCUUCAGCCUCUGCCGAUACCACUUAUGUUACCAAGGAUCAGCUUCAAAGUUUGGAUGAUGAUCUGAAGUUGAAAGAAUUCUCCAAGUCACUCACUGGCAAGGCAUACACGUGGUAUGUGAACCUUAUACCUGGAUCUAUUGAAUCUUGGAAUCAAAUGUGUACCCAAUUUGGAGAAAAGUUCUUUCCUACUCAGGAAAAAUUAACUCUCAUUGACCUGGGAAGAGAGCAUCAGAAAUCUGGUGAAGAUUUGAUGGAGUAUAUUCAGCGCUUCCGCGAGAGGGUGUUAGACGUGCAUGAUGCAUACAAUGAGAGGGAACUUGUAAAAGUGUGCAUGCAGGGAAUGUUUGAUGAAUACCGAGUGCAUCUGGAGAAUCUACCGCUUUACACUUUCGCUGCCUUGGUGGAAGCAGCACGCAGGACUAACUCCUCUGUUCAAAGGCAGAAGGAAAGUCGAUAUGCAAGGAGGAAUACACCGCCAGUACAUGCUGUACAAUUCCAAAAACGGAAUAACGAUAGACCUAGAAAUGAUAGAUUUCAGAAGCGUCCCAAGACAGAUUUCCGUAGGGGGGAUGACGCACCACCUUUCCCUGUGCCGGUGGAGAAGGUGCGUGCUCUCCUUCAAGAAUGGAUUCGAGAUGGACAAAUCAACUUACCCUUUGUUUCACGCAUGCCCACUGGUCAGGAGAAAAUUGAUCCUAAAUAUUGUGAUUAUCAUCGCGUUGUUGGUCAUCCUUUUGCUGAAUGUUGGAGCAUGCGGAGAUUGAUUCAGAACAGAGUGCGAAAAGGAGAACUGGUAAUUAAUAGCAACGAUACAGUACAAGUUAAUCUGUUACCUACUCAUGGAGCUUGCGCAGUGAUCCAUUCCCUUCGAGAUGAGCAGUACGAGAAUGAAGAUGCCUAUGAUACCCAUGUAGCUGCUGUGAUGACUUCCACCAUAGCAUCAUCCCUGUUGAAAACUCCAAAUGUACGACACUUCUUUGAUAUGUUGGGUUUUUGUGAUGACGCAAGAAAGGAGGCGGCUGAGGCGUUGGUGCAAGUGGCUAACAAGUAUCAUGAUAUGUGUACGCCGGAUCCCAAUCACAAUAAGCCACUUUACGUUGAAAGCACUAUCAAUGGAGUUUAUAUUCGGACAACGUUUAUUGAUGAUGGGUCUGGAUUGAAUUUGAUGCCGCUGAAAACACUUAGAGCUCUUGGAAUUGAUCAGAGGAGUUUGCGACAUCCUAUGAUCAUUAAUGCUUUUGAUAACAAAGGGACUCGCACCCUGGGUUAUGUUACAGUAAAUAUGAAGGUGGGAAACAUACAGGAGCAAACAUGUUUCCAUGUGUUGGAUGCAGAUGUCGCAUACCAUGUGCUGGUAGGAAGGAAGUGGUUGCAUGCUCAUUAUUUGAUCGCAUCUACUUUACAUCAGUGUAUAAAGGGAUAUUGGAACGACAAAGAAGUUUCCAUUCCCGCAACUAAGGCUCCAUUUGAGCAAAAUGAAGUGAGGUACGCCGAAGCUUCGUUCUUUGAUGAAUUGGCUGAUGAUGGCGAAGGAGCACUUGGAAGACCCAUUGGAGUAUCAUUACCGCCAUGGAGCAAUUAUGAUGGAAUCUCCCAUUGCAAUGUCAAACGCACAAAGAAAGGCAAUAAAAUGAGAUGUGGAAAUGCUACUGGAGGAAGCAGGGGUGCUGACGUUACUUCCUAUACCAGAGCUGAUGGAAGGAUAGACAAGCCGAAACCACAAGAAGAGGAGUUGGAAGAAUUGAACAUAGCUGACGAGGGAGGGACGCCUAAACCUUUAUUUCUGAGUAAGAAUCUCUCUGCAGAGCAGAAAAGUGUGUUGAUAGAAUUAUUGAAGGAGUUUGAGGAUGUGUUUGCAUGGUCUUAUGAGCAGAUGCCAGGUUUAGAUACCAACUUGGUAACGCAUGAGUUGCAUAUAGCCCCUGGAAGUAGGCUAGUAAAACAAUCAGCACGUUUGUUUCAGCCAGAGAUAGAGACGAAGAUAAAGGAAGAAAUUGAAAAGUUGCUUCGUGUAGAUUCAUCAAGCCUAUUCACCAUCCUACAUGGACAUGAGAUGUUUUCUUUCAUGGACGGAUUCAGUGGGUACAAUCAAAUUAAAAUGGCGCAAGAGGAUGCAGAGAAAACGGCAUUUCGAACACCUAUUGGUAAUUUUUAUUAUACUGUAGUGCCUUUUGGAUUGAAAAAUGCAGGUGCCACCUAUCAACGGGCUAUGACUGCCAUUUUCCAUGACAUGUUGCAUGAAUGCGUGGAAGAUUACGUAGACGACAUUGUGGUGAAGUCAAAGAAAGCAGCCGAUCACCUCACUGACUUAAGAAAGGUGUUUGAACGUUGUAGAAAAUACAAUCUUCGCAUGAACCCUUUGAAGUGUGCUUUUGGAGUAACGUCAGGCAAAUUCCUUGGCGGAAGUGGCGCAGGAAUUGUUUUAGUUCCGCCAGAGGCACGGUGUGAACAUGAAGAAGCUUUGUCUUUGGCGUUUAAAUUGGAUUUUCCUUGCACCAAUAACCAAGCUGAAUAUGAGGCUUUGGUGCUGGGAUUACAUACCGCAAGAAUUAUUGGCGUAGAGGAGUUGUGUAUUAUUGGGGAUUCCAACUUGGUGGUGAAACAAACGAAUGGUGAAUUUUCAUUGAAGGAACCAACGUUAGCGCCAUAUAGAGAUUUGGUACGCUCCUUCCUAGACAAGUUCCAGUCGGUGAGAUGCGAGCAUAGUCCUAGAUCUUCCAAUAGAUAUGCAGACGCCUUAGCUACUCUAGCUUCCAAGAUUAAUAUGCCGGAUGGAGAGCAAACAAUACCGUUAACAGUGAAACGAUGGUCGAUUCCUUCACCACAUGCAUUAUGGAUGGAGACUCCCAAAGGCGAGGAGGAGCAAGAUUGGCGUGACCCUAUCAUCCAACAGCUUGGUGAUCCAACUUCCAAUUUGCUCCCUUCUCUUAAAAAAUAUGUCCUGAUUCACGGCACUCUAUAUUAUAGAGGAGCAAACGAAGUGUUGGCAAGGUGCGUGUCUAGCAAAGAAGCAGAUUGCAGGUUGAAAGCAGCACAUCGACAAUGGUGUGGACAGGAAGGGCCACCCUUGUAUAGAAGAUUGCAAAGAGCAGGCUAUUAUUGGCCAACCAUGAUGAAAGACGCUACCCAUAUGGAAAGCCUAUGUGCUAAAUGUUCUGAACCCCCUAAUGUUCACGAGUGUCAUUUUGUUGGAAGUGUAGGAGAUUGUCGUCGACCGUAUAUUGAUUUCCUUCAGAAUGGAGUAUUGCUAACAAAUUAUCAAGAUGCAAGAAGGAUAAAAAGACGAGCAGAACGUUUCUUCCUCAAAGGGAAUGAGCUGUUUCGAACCUCAUUUGCAGGGAAACCUCUUAAAUGUGUAUCACCUGCUGACAUGACUGCAUUGUUGGAAGAUGUGCAUGGAGGAGUGAAAAUGGCUUUUGACACUGCAAUUGUUAGAUUUCAUUAUGAGGGUCGUUUUUCUGGUGUUGAUGAGGAGUUGCAGUAUGUAGGAGGUUAUGUAGAUGAUUUGGUGUUUGAUCCUGACAAGAUUAGCAAAAAUGAGUUUGAACAAUUAUGUCAGAGGGCUGGGUACAAAAAUAUUGUCAGAAUGUUUUAUCAGAGGCCUGGGUUUUUGCUAUGUGAUGGAUUGAAACCCAUUAUUAAUGAUGCCUCCAUAAUAGACAUGACUGGUGAAUUGUUUUUGAAUGAUGGUGUAAUAGAUGUCUAUGUUGAACAUGGAGUAGAGGUUGUGCCUGAAAUUGCUGGUUUACUAGAAAAUGGGGAAAACUUGGCUGAUCCUCCUGUUGUAAACUUAGGUGAUCCUCCUGUUGUCAACUUGGGUGAUCCUGUUGAAGAUGUUGGUGUUAAUUUGCAGGAUGUGCACGUUGAAGAUAAUGGUGACAUUAAUGAUGAUGUAGGGGAAGUUGAGGUGGAUGAGGUUAAUUUGGAGGGUUUACAUGAUGAAGAUGGUGAGGAUGAAGGCCCAGCUGCUGGUGAAAAUGGUGAGAAUGAUCUGGAAUCUGAUGGUGAGGGCAUAUCUGAGUUUCAUAUUGACAGUGAAUAUGAUGACUCAGAUGACCCUUUAGAGAUAGAGAGUGAUGAGGAACUGAUUGUCAAUGAGGCUACAACAAUGAGAGGUAGAUUUCCUCGGUUUGAUUCCACUGCUGAUGUUCCUUAUAUCUACAAGAGCAUGCUGUUCAAGAACUCAGAUGAGUUUAAGCUAGCUAGCAAAGAGAUGAUUGUUGAAAGUUAUGUGGUAAAUUAUGAGGAAGAGUUUGCAAAGUUGUGGAGUUAUAAGGAUAUGAUUUUACUGAGCAAUCCAGGGAGUACUGUAAAGAUGGACACAUUUAGGGCAGAUCCGGAUGGCCCACCAGUUUUUGAAAGAAUGUAUAUAUGCCUUGGGGCACUUAAGGAAGGCAGAGAUGGUAACAAUCAAAUGUUUCCAGUUGCAUGGGCAUUGGUGGAGGAUGAGACAACUCUAACAUGGAGCUGGUUUAUAGAGUGUUUGCAAGAAGAUCUUGGGAUAGGAGAUAGAUUUGGCUUCACCUUCAUGAGUGAUCAACAUAAGGCCAUACAGAGAUCUAUUGAAGAUAAUGUCCCACAAGCUGAGCACAGAUUUUGUGCUCGGCAUGUUUGGGUUAACUGGCAAGGUAGAGGGCAUAGGGGAGAUGAAAUGAAUGACUUUUUCUGGAGACUUGUGAAGGCACCCACUUUGAGGGAGUAUUACGAGAUUCUGGAUAAGCUAAAGCAAAAGAGUUCACAAGCAGCUACUGAUUUUGAAGCUUAUACUCCACCAGCCAAGUUUUGUAGAACAUUUUUCAGACUUGAAUCAAUGGUGGAGGUAGCAGACAACAACCUCUGCGAGGCUUUUAACAAGACACUGCUGAAGGCUAGGAAAAUGCCGGUCAUCUCCUUGUUUGAGAUGAUGAGGAGGGAAAUGAUGAAGAGGAUAGUGAAGAAGAACAAUGAACUUAGUAGGUGGAGAGAUGGGCUUGGUCCAAGGAUUUGGCAAAGCAUUGAGAAGAGUGCCAAGAUUGCCCAAUACUGUCGUGUAAUAUUCAAUGGUGCUGAUGGAUAUGAAGUUGAGCAUGGGGAAUCAAGAUAUGUGGUGAGGCUUGAGGAGAAGACCUGUACCUGUAGAAUAUACAAAUUAUCUGGGGUCCCCUGUGCACAUGCAAUUUGUGCAAUCAGAGAGAGAAGGGGAAAUGUAGCUGAGUUUGUGUCAUCUUGGUACUCAAAGGAGGUGUACAUGCAAUCAUACUCAAACCCUAUUCAGUCAAUGCCUGGCCUGAAGGAUUGGCCUACUUCUGACCUUCCACCAAACUCAACAACACCCAGUCAUGAAGAAGUUAACUGCAGUUCUCCUCCCCAAAACCCUGCAAAAACCAAGAAAAAAGCACAUUCAUCUUCACAAGCUUCGGUCUCUGUUCAGAUCCCAGAUCUGAAUGCUAAUGCCAAUUCUCAAGCUGCUUCAAGUGGAUGUGGAGAUGCAGAAGCUUCUGCCUCUGUUAUCUUGCCUAGUCAACAAUCUGGUACAGAUCCUACCACUGUUAAUUCAUCUUCUAAAGCUAAGAGUGGUCAAAGUAAGAAGAAAAAGCAAACCCUGAUGCUGGACCUAGGAAGAAAACGGGAUUCUACAGUGACUGAUAACAAUGGCAGAGUGUUAGAAUGUGUCUGGGUGAAAGGUCAAGUCCGGCUUUCUCAAGCAAAAUAUGCAAAUCAGAGACGAAUCACUGCCACUUUUCUCCAGCGUGCUGCCCAAAAGAAGUUCAGAGCAAGAUUGGAAGCUCUAAAAAAAGGACUGCAACCAGCAGCUAGUGGAGACAAUGUGCCUCUGCAGGGUACUCAGGAAAGUGUGACAACUGCAUCUGCAAGUUCCAAAGGCAAGAACAAACAACAAAAUUGA